GCCGUAUUCGAACCCCGCAAGAAAACCGAAAAGCCCCCCGGCCGUCUUCUUCUUGAAGUCUCGCUAUUGGAAGUGGAAGGAGACAACCUGCAACCUGGGAGCAGUUGAGAUUCUGUGCUUUUCUUGAGCUCCCCCACGAGAAGGGGUAAAAGAGAGACCACGCUGCCUCUUCAAGCAACCCCUUUUGAUGUGAAACUCCAAAGGCUUUACGCUCCUAUCCCUCUUCAAGCAAACCCCUUUUGGUGUGAAACCCCCCAAGACUGUACUCUCUGUUCUUUCUGUCUCUCUCUGUGAUUGAUCAGCAAUGGGUGUACCGGUGGUGAGAUUCCCGAUCGUACCGAUCAUAAGAGUGAUGGGAAUUACCAUCAUUUCUCUUGUGCUUAUUUGGGCUGUCCAUUUCAGAGGAGGACUCGCCCUCGUCUCUGACGAUAAAGAUCUCAUCUUCAACGUCCAUCCUGUUUUAAUGGUGAUUGGCCUCAUUCUACUGAAUGGCGAAGCCAUGCUCGCAUACAAGACAGUUUCAGGAAGAAAGAGCUUUAAAAAAUUAGUUCAUCUUACACUACAACUCCUCGCCUUCUGUCUAAGUAUGGUUGGAAUCUGGGCUGCAUGGAAGUUUCAUAACGAAAAGGGCAUCGACAAUUUUUACAGUCUGCAUUCCUGGUUGGGACUCGGCUGCAUUCUUUUAUUCGGCAUUCAGUGGGCACUUGGAUUUGUGAUCUACUGGUACCCAGGUGGCUCAAGGACUAGCAGAGGCACUUUACUUCCUUGGCAUGUAUUUUUUGGGGUCUAUAUCUAUGCUCUCGCCAUUGCUACUGCUCUCACGGGCUUUCUAGAGAAGGCCACAUUCCUUCAGACAAAGGAGGUAAUAUCACGGUAUUCUCCAGAGGCCUUGCUGAUGAACUCACUGGGUAUCUUGGUUGUGGUAUUGGGUGGAUUUAUUGUCCUUGCCAUUCUCGCUCCUGCAAGUGGCAAGGUUGGUCCAGCCGAGUAGAGAACCCCUGCAAUUCCUUUUUGCCUUUUUGGACUUGUUAUAAAUCCAGAUUGUAUUCUUGAUCUUGUACCGAGGGAUCAUCCUCAUCACGACAUCCAUCGAAGUCACAGUAACUCAAUGUAUUGUUCCUUUAUAAACUGAUUGUGAUCUAAUUUGAGGGGAAAGCAAAUGAUGGAAAACCUGAUAUUCAGAGUCCGCUUGGUGAAAA